AUCCCCACCUGCUGCGUCCCAGAGUAUUGGAGUCAAUCCCCGGCACUGCUCUGCAUAGCAACGCCAAAUCACUAGCGUAUUUAGAUCAAAGCAAAGCUAUCCAUCCCCUUGUCAGCACUUCCCAUCAAAGACGCGCACACUUCAGCAGCAUCAGACAUCCACGCCAUGCCGACGCAACAGUCAGAAUCUGCUCCUGGUCCGAGCGUCAAACCUCGCAUUCUGAUCAUCGGCUUUGGUGCACUGGGUAUCCUGUACGGCUGGACCUUGGCGCAAGGUGGAGCUGAAGUUGUGGCGUAUGCUAGGUCCAAUGCAGAGCUGAUUCGCAAGGAUGGUGUUGACCUCAAGAGCCUCAAGUACGGCGAGCAUCUCGGCUGGAAGCCAGCUGCUGUCGCUUCCAGCGAGUCGGAAGCGCAGCAGCACGGACCCUACGACUACGUGUUGUGCACUUUCAAGGUGGUGCCAGAACUUCAGUCCAUCUCAUCCCUCGUCGCCCCUUUGAUAAGCCCUUCUUCCAACAUUAAGCCCCUGCUCAUUCUCGUACAGAACGGUAUAGCGAUAGAGCAAGAACCUUACGAAAAGCUCUGCAUGGGGAACGAUGCGCCAUUCAGUGGCUUGAUUUCUUGCUGCGCUUGGCUUGGCGCCACUUUGCGAGAAGGAAGGAUCUGCGAGCACGGAGGAUUGGAGACGCUCAACAUUGGCCUGUACCCCACGCCCGAGGCGAAGGAACUGCAGCAAGGAAGCGAGCGGGUCAAGGCAUGGGAGAGCUUCAUCGAGGUCUACAGCGCCGGCGGUGGGGGUGCGAUCAGAAGCGAAGACGUGCAGAUUGCGCGCUGGAGGAAAAUCUUUUGGAACGCAUGCUGGGGAGGUUUGUGUUUCACAUCGAGACAGACAGUCAUGUCUCUACUGUCAGACGACUCGCUCGAAUACACCGUACCCGUCGUAAAAAUCCUGAUGUCUGAAUUCGAACCAUACUUAUCCAUGAACAGGUGUAUGCAGGUCGCGCGCGCCACUGGACUUGGACCUGAAAGCCUUCCCGACUCGGCCAUGGAUGAUGCCUUCAACAUCACCUACCCUGAAAGACCGUCAAACCCAGACAGACAAGGACGCCUAGCUCCCGGAUUCAAGCCAAGCUUACUCAUCGACCUUGAAGCGGGUCGCCCGAUGGAACUCGUGCCUGGGGUUGGGAACGUGUGCACCCUUGCUCGCAAGCAUGGAGUAUCUACGCCAGCUUUGGACCUCGUGCUCGCCAGUCUGAGACCCGCGCAGGUCGCCGCUGUGAAAUCCGCCAGGCAAGAAAGAGGCCUCGACACAAAGACGAUCGAAGGUAGCGGAGGUCCACCAGCCAAAGCUCUUUGAAGAGAAUGGUGCCACAAGCACUGAUAAGCUUUGUCUCCUGUUCCAGAUAUGGUGCACGACGAAGAACGAUGCGGUGAAUGCUUUGUAAUUAGAGUGCUCCAUCUCUUCGUGCACGCGCGUGAUCUUGUCCAAGGCUGAUCGUACGGUGUCGAGCCAUUUUUAGUCCCC